AGACACCAUGAUCCAGGUGGCCUCUAGCUUCAGCACAGAGCCAAGCCUCGAUGUGGUUCUCUCCUCUAUCCCUGCUCGAAUAUAUGAGGCUGUUCACUUCCUGCAGGAAAACCUGGACAAAUUCACAGACAAGGUGUACCAGACAUGUGGAAACCCAGGUGAACUAGGAACAGGAAGUCCCAGUGUUCACGAGCAGAGGAAAAAGAGCAGCUCUCUGACCGCAUCCGAGUACAAACCCUCUCCAACCGCUGGGCUCAGACUGGAGAUGCAGGUGUCCGAUCUGUCCAGUAAGCUGAGGGAGAUGCGGCAGUACUGGAUCCAGCUCCCUGUGGCUCUCUGCAGCAAACUGGCAGCAGGGGGCGCCAAUCAGGAAAAAUGCUGGAACGGGGUUACUAAAGCCAGGUACCUUCCAGAGGUGAUGGGUGACGGCCUGGCCAAUCAGAUCAACAACCCUGAAGUGGAGCUGGACAUCACAAAGCCAGACAUGACUAUCCGGCAGCAGAUCAUGCAACUCAAAAUCAUGAGCAACAGGCUGAAAAACGCAAUGGAAGGCAACGACGUGGACUUCCAGGAUGCCAGUGAUGACAUCAGCGGCUCAGGGAGCGGGAUGUGUUUCGGUGUUCAGUGUCAUCGGAAUAGAGCAUUCGACUUCUCACCAGACACAACCCGAGCCAGGGGGGCCGCCACGUUUCAAACCCGCCUCUUUGGACUCCUACUCCUGCUCCCAUUGGCCAGCCUGCUGCUUCAGCGAUGAUGGACCGCCGCCUACUCCAGUCAGACUCUGAAGCGUAGAGGAGGGCUGAACCACGGGACGGACAAAAAGGGGUUUGGUGGGGAGGGGGGUGUUACGUAACUUUGCCAAAAAAAUUAAAUGAAAAAGACAUUUUGGGGAAUGAAUGGACGACAUUUUCUUUGACCACGAGGGGCAACAUUUGACAGUGACAAUUUGUCUUUAUUUCGUUUUGCUCAGUUAUUAUGUCUUAGUUUGAGUGUGAUUCAGUUUGUUGAGCUGGUUUCAAUGGAUUGUCGGAAGAAGAAGGAGGCGAGGAAGACGAAAAGAAUGACUGCUGUUGAUGAUGAAGAUGAUGAUGAUGGGGAUAUUGGUAAUGAUGUAUUGACACUCUAUCAGGUCCAUUUAGCUCCAGUUUCCAGUCAGCAGGCGGCAGAGCUCAAAAUAUGUUUUGCUCCGACAUGUGGUGCGAUCAAGGUUUUAGUUCUUUUUACUUCUACGGUUUUUAAGUUGAGUCAAGUUGUCUACCUUAACAAAAAUUGUGUACAUUGUAAAUGUUUGCAUACUUUAGCUAAAAGACUGGCACCAUAUUGAGCCAUGAAUGUACAGUAUAAUACUCUAUUGGCAAUGAAUCCCCCCAUUAUCUGUGAUGUACUGUAGUCGUCCGGAUGUUUUCAUGUGUGUUGGCAUAAGCAGUCAGUAUGAUUUGUCUGAAAUACAAAUGAUCCCACUCCUGUGAUGUUGUGAUUGCAAGAGUUUACCUCACUUUUACUGUACACCCAACCAUUUAAAAAAAAAUUUGGGAAAAUUAUUCAUCUCCUAUGAAAAGAAAUAUCAGUCUCUUCAAAGGAUGUAAACAAACACAGGACACCGUUUUCCUUAAGUCCUGUAAUGAUUUCCUUCAAUGAAAAUCUACACAGGAAACAUUUCAUGACACAGUAAUCCUCCUAACAAGGACUCCUUGUUGAGAGCACACCAACAUAAGGUAACUGUAAAUGAAGUCUUAGAAGCAACACAUUGGUUCAAACCAAAGCACUUAUUACACUGAACACUUUUUUACAAAUGUCAACAUCGCCCCAAUUAUGUUGAACAUUUGUAACAACCAGUUUACCAGGUUUUGUGACUGCAUAUGUUGAUGGGAAACAAUUAUUACUAAGAAAACAUGUGUUGUACAUACAGAACAGGAUAUCUGCCGAAUAUUGACAACAUGUAUACAUUUGCCUGGUUAUACAUCAUUUACUCGGCAUGCCUUUUUCCAUACAACACUUUACUGGUACAUACGAGACUCGCAAAAGUCUCAUGCACAUACACACUGGGGUUGUGUAUUAAUCUGUAUUUAAUCACUUUUCAUCCAUUAAACUCUGUUUGAUUAUA